AUGUUUGCUACACUCUUUGCUUUUAUGCUCGUGACAGUACAUGCUGCAGAAGAAAUACCUUCCUACAUUCACGUGUGUGGUCGCAAUAAUCCCAAUUAUAAUCAGUGCAUCGUGAACAACACCAAUAACAUAAAGAGUAAAAUUUGCAUGGGAAUUCCGGAACUUAACGUUGCUCCGAUCGAACCAAUGAAUAUCGACGAAAUAGUUAUUUAUAACAUAGACAAUCUUAAAUUAAGUGUCAAAAAAUCGAAAAUAAGAGGAUUCUGUGAUUUCAUCAUAAAUUCUUUACAAGUAUCUUCUGAUAAGCUUCACUUCGAUUUAGAUUUGAUACUCAAACAUCUUGAUAUGGAGUCUGUAUACGAUUUCGACAUACGUAUAUUGGUACCACUUGCUAAUAAGGGAUUGAUUCACGUUUCUACAGAUAACUUAGAAAUGAAAAUAACUGUAGACUUUAAAGAGGAAACUAAGAACGGUAAAACGGAAAUAUAUGUGUCAAAAGUAAAAACUGUUCUUAAUAUUAAAAUGUUCAAAUAUAAGUUUGAUGACAGUGAGAAGGAUUUGGUUCAACUACAUGAAGCUCUUACUAAUAUUAUAAAUGAGAACGAAAAGGAUAUUUUUAUUAAAGUUAAGCCAGCACUGGAAGAGGCGGUCUCCAAAUUGGUUAUUACAGUUAUUAACAAUGUAGUCCGUAACAGAUUUGAACAAUUGUUUCCCAACGAAGCAUAA